CCCGGAUUUAAAGAGACAGGCGCUCCAACCGUCGUGGGCUGCCCGCGGCCUGUGGGCUCCAGCUGCCGAGGCCCGCGGCGAGCAAGGGAGCCGGGGAGGCAGCUGUAUGACUCUGACUUUCAAGAUCCUCUUCCUACCAGCCCUCCGUGCCCUCGGCCAAAAGGAACUGUGCCUGCUCAGGAAACAGCAUCACCGGCCUGACGCCAGGCAGUUCCGUCUGUGGGCAGAGACAGGUCUGCCCCAUGGGUGCUGCCUCUCCAAGAGGAGGAAGCCUGGUCUGUUGUCCCAGGGAGCAAAUCUAAGACCCCGCGACACACAGCCGGGUUUCUUGCCCAGAUCGCAUGUGGGACUGUGCAGUGGCCCCUGGGAGAUGGCCGAGCAACGAUUCUGUGUGGACUAUGCCAAGCGGGGCACAGCCGGCUGCAAGAAAUGCAAAGAGAAGAUUGUGAAAGGUGUAUGCCGGAUUGGCAAGGUGGUCCCCAACCCCUUCUCAGAGUCUGGGGGUGAUAUGAAAGAGUGGUACCACAUUAAAUGCAUGUUUGAGAAACUGGAGCGGGCCCGGGCCACCACCAAAAAAAUUGAAGACCUCACAGAAUUGGAAGGCUGGGAAGAGCUGGAAGAGAAUGAAAAGGAACAGAUAAAUCAGCAUAUUGCAGAUCUGUCAGCUAAGGCAACAGGCACACCGAAGAAGAAAGCUGUUGUUCAGGCAAAGUUGACAGCCACUGGCCAAGUGACAUCUCCAGCAAAAGGCACCUCGUUUGUCACCAAUACCAAUCCCCGGAAAUUUUCUGGUUUUUCAGCCAAGCCCAACAACUCAGGGGAAGGCGUCGUCAGCCCAGCCCCUUCGACCAGUCUGUCUGCCAGCAAGUGUGACCCCAAGCAUAAGGACUGUCUGCUCCGCGAGUUUCGCAAGCUGUGUGCCAUGGUGGCCGAGAACCCGAGCUACAACACCAAGACCCAGAUCAUCCAGGACUUCCUGAGGAAAGGCUCAGCAGGAGAUGGAUUCCACGGCGACGUGUACCUCACUGUGAAGCUGCUGCUGCCAGGGGUUAUUAAGAGCGUCUAUAACUUGAAUGAUAAGCAGAUCGUGAAGCUCUUCAGCCGCAUUUUUAAUUGCAACCCGGAUGACAUGGCACGAGACCUCGAGCAGGGUGAUGUGUCGGAGACGAUCAGAGUCUUCUUUGAGCAAAGCAAGUCCUUCCCGCCCGCUGCCAAGAGCCUCCUCACCAUCCAGGAAGUGGACCAGUUCCUCCAGCAUCUGUCCAAGCUCACAAAGGAGGAUGAGCAGCAGCAGGCCCUGCAGGACAUCGCCUCCCGGUGUACCGCCAACGACCUUAAGUGCAUCAUCAGGCUGAUCAAACAUGAUCUGAAGAUGAACUCAGGCGCAAAGCAUGUGUUAGAUGCCCUCGACCCCAACGCCUACGAAGCUUUCAAAGCUUCCCGCAACUUACAGGAUGUGGUGGAGAGGGUGCUCCGCAACCAGCAGGAGAACGAGCCAGGCCAGCGACGAGUCCUGAGUGUCCAGGCCUCGCUGAUGACCCCCGUGCAGCCCAUGCUGGCCGAGGCCUGCAAAUCCAUCGAGUAUGCCAUGAAGAAGUGUCCCAACGGCAUGUUUUCGGAGAUCAAGUACGACGGGGAGCGAGUCCAGGUGCAUAAGAACGGGGACCACUUCAGCUACUUCAGUCGCAGCCUGAAGCCUGUCCUGCCUCACAAGGUGGCCCACUUCAAGGACUACAUCCCCCGGGCGUUCCCCGGAGGCCACAGCAUGAUCUUGGACUCGGAGGUGCUCCUUAUUGACAACAAGACAGGCAAACCUCUGCCCUUCGGGACUCUGGGCGUGCACAAGAAAGCUGCCUUCCAGGAUGCUAACGUUUGCCUGUUUGUUUUUGAUUGUAUCUACUUCAAUGAUGUCAGCUUGAUGGACAGGCCUCUUUGGGAGCGACGUAAGUUCCUUCAUGACAACAUGGUUGAAAUUCCCAACCGGAUCAUGUUCUCAGAAAUGAAGCAAGUCACGAAAGGCUCCGAUUUGGCUGACAUGAUCAACCGGGUGAUCCGGGAGGGCCUUGAAGGGCUGGUGCUAAAGGACGUGAAGGGUACAUAUGAGCCUGGAAAGCGGCAUUGGCUGAAAGUGAAGAAAGACUAUUUGAACGAGGGGGCCAUGGCUGACACAGCUGACCUGGUGGUCCUCGGGGCCUUCUAUGGGCAAGGGAGCAAAGGUGGCAUGAUGUCCAUCUUCCUCAUGGGCUGCUAUGACCCACACAGCCAGAAGUGGUGCACAGUCACCAAGUGUGCCGGAGGCCACGACGAUGCCACACUCGCCCGCCUGCAGAAGGAGCUGGACAUGGUGAAGAUCAGCAAGGAUCCCAGCAAGAUACCUAGCUGGCUGAAAAUCAACAAGAUCUACUACCCUGACUUCAUCGUCCCAGAUCCAAAGAAAGCUGCCGUGUGGGAGAUCACAGGGGCUGAAUUCUCCAAAUCUGAGGCUCACACCGCCGAUGGCAUCUCCAUUCGAUUCCCUCGCUGCACCCGCAUCCGUGACGACAAGGACUGGAAAUCUGCCACUAACCUCCCCCAACUCAAGGAACUGUACCAGCUGUCGAAGGAGAGGGCCGACUUCACCGUGGUGGCAGGAGACGAGGGAAGCUCCACGACCGGAGGCAGCAGUGGGGAGAACGAGGGUGCCUCCGGGCCCCCUCGCGAGGCCCCCAGUGCCAAGAAGGCAGGAGAGAAGCUGAGCAGCCCCAGCAGCAAAGGCGGUGACAAGUGGAAUGCAAAAAAUGGCCCUGUGAAUGCCAGUGAGCAGCAGGCCAAGAAGUCUCCCCUGCGGGUCGGACAGAAGAGGAAAGCAGAAGGGGCCGAGACCCCGGGCCAGACAAAGAGGCAGCAGAUGAGUGAGCAGAAAGGCGGAGAGAAGAGGAAGGCAGAAGUGGCCGAGGCGCCAGGCCAGACAAAGAGGCAGCGGAUGAGUGAGCAGAAAGGCGGAGAGAAGAGGAAGGCAGACGUGGCCGAGACUCCGGGCCAGACAAAGGUGCUGCUGGACAUCUUCACUGGCGUGCGGCUCUACCUGCCGCCCUCUACGCCCGACUUCAGCCGUCUCAGACGCUACUUUGUGGCUUUCGAUGGGGACCUGGUACAGGAAUUUGACGUGGCUUCAGCCACACAUGCGCUGGGGAGCAGGGACCAGAGCCCGGAUGCCCAGCAGGUCUCCCCAGAGUGGAUUUGGGCAUGUAUCCGGAAACGGAGACUGGUAGCCCCCUGCUAGGCCCCGGAAGGCCUCUCUCUCCUGGGCUUCUCUUCCCGCCACACACAGACGCACACACACACACACACACACACACACACACAAACUCUCACUCACUCACUCACUCACUCACUCACUCACACUGCUUGGUACAGGCUGGGCUCACGGAAGACAGUGAGGAUGGGCUUUCUUCUGCAAGUAUAAGUCUUCCAAACCCACAAACUGUGCAUGGGCUCAUUCGGAAUAGAAGUUAGCUGCUGUGGGUGCUGUUGGUGACGUGAACUCCCCUUACUGGUUUACAUAGAUCUUUCAGAUCUGGGUGCUGGUUUUCUCUUUUUCUUAAAAAAGUUUUAAAAAAAAAAAAGGUAACAUUCCCAGUCUGUUUCUCUCCGUUCCCCACCUGUGAUUUCUCCAGGGAUUUAAGUGACUGGGACUUGGAAACUCUAUCCAAGGAGCUGAUCCCAGGGGAAGGCUUCUCUCCUGGCCUGCCCCUUUAAAUUAUUUAAAAGGCCCCUCGGAAAUGCUGCUCAUAUUUGGCACAAUUUGUAUUCAGCGUAGUCUUUUUUUUUUUGCCAGUAAUGAAGCCUCAUUUGAAAAAAAAUGAAUUUUAUGACUUCAUUCUGUAUUCUCUGAUUACAGGGUAUAUGAAGGGUGGGAACUAGGAAUGGGUAGGAAUAUGGGGACUUUGAAAGGAGGUGCUUUGGGCUAUUCCUUUGGGGGAUUCAGGCAGGCCUCGAGGAUCUCACCUUUCCCACAUCUGGACAAAAUCCCGAGGACAGAUCUUCAGUUUGCUCACAGAGACUGUGCCUCUGCCAUCAGGCUGUUUUAUUUGAAUAAAAGGAUACUAGUUUAGCAUAGA